CAUACGACCAUGGUUGCAAGCAAAAAGAAUUGUUGCGAAGGUUCUUCGCAUGUGGCAUUGCAUUGCAAGCAAGCAUCGAAAUGGCGGAUGACCCAUGCAAGUGUAUCAGUGAGUACGAAAAGUGCUACUCACGAGCCAAGGUAGAGCUGCACUGUACGAACGACAACAUGGGGGCGAACUUUACAAAGUAUAUGCUCGAGCUUACCGAGGCCACCAAGAAGAUGUACAAGGUCAACUGCGGGAAGCAGCGAUUCCAUGCCGGCACCGCUCUCGGCAAAUGUGAUGCGACCGAAGCCAUGCGCAGGUUCUUCCUGUGCGACUUGUCCUACUUCCGACUAGUCGAAAACGCCGUAAGAGUUGGCGGAAAAGCGUACGAAAACAUUUGCAGGCACGUUUAUGACGUGAAGGAAUGUCUAGCAAAGCUGGAGUAUCAGACCGGCUGCACGAAGUCAGCCCUCCACACACAUGCGGCAUCUCUUCUGGGCAAGAUAACAUCACCGUUCUCAAGGAAGUGCAGCGAGUCGAAACUGCCACUGGAGGCCAGUGCGCAGAUUGCCCUGCAAAGAGACAAGUGCGACGAGUCUGCUGUUCUGAAGAAGGCUCUCGUGUGUGCUAUCGGUUUCCAGAAUUUCAUGGACCAAAAAGUGUCCCGACGGAGACCUACCAAGGAAGAGGUGUGCCCGUUCAUCAAAGAUUUCGAGAACUGUAUCGACAAUGCCAGCCAAGGGAGCACGUGCAAAACUGACAUGUCCCUGAGCGCGCAGCUGGUGACUUACAAGAGGCUCUUAGAGGAAGAGUACGGAGUCGACUGCCGCACGAAAGGCGAGAUGAGCCCGCGAUUUUCCGCAGGAAGCGAGUCGGCGGACUACUUUUACGACGACCUCCGCAAGCGAGAGCAGAGGUCGCAGCGGAACCACCGCGAACGGCCGACGCCUGCUGCCCCCUCCGGCAGAAAGGGCGACUCGGAUUCUUACGACUACGGCGACAGUAGACGACGUCGUGGCGCCGCACGCAAGGCGGCACCGAACAAACGCGACGCGUACAAGGGCCGCGAGGACUACGACUACUACAACGAUCCAGCGAAGGCAAUGCCAACUCCUCCUUUACCACCGCCGAAUGUGGAGUACGAAGACGAGGAUGCCAAGGAGUACUACGACUUCAAGCCAGACAUGAAGCGUGGUGAUCCGGGAGGAGACGCCGGGCGCGGGAGCCGGGGGAGGUUCCGCAGAGGCGGAGAUGAUGUCGAGGACGAGCGACCGCAACGAAGGCCCGUGGACGACGGGGACCGUCGCUCGAAAUCGAGGAAGAACGAAGCUCCACAGGAGACGGCGAAGGAAGGCCACGCGUACCAAGACGACGAAGGCCCCAUUCGACCAGGCAGCUCAUACGACUAUGGUUUUGAAGAAGGAUUCAGCAAAAAGAAGCUCAAGACAAACGACCGCAGCGAGGACGCCAGCUUCUUCGAGGACGACCAGGACAGCGAACGUAUCGAGAGGGCUCCGCGACGGCGCAAUCGUAGGCAGGACGCUCCCGCUGUGGGUGACCCAUCUGACGACGCGGAGGAGGCCUCGGACGAGGAACGCAUCAACGACGGCGUUGACGAUCGCGAGCCGGACCGAGCGAGUCGGCGUGCGGCGGUUGAAGACGAAGAUGAGGAAGAGGACCCGUUCUUCCGGGGAAAGUUGGCGCGCGCCAAGCAGGAGAGGAAGAUUGAGAGAAGCAUGCAGAUGGAAGACGACGGCUACGAAGACGCUCAGCGUCGGAGGAACCAGAGCGCGUGCAAUGUACACAUGUACCACAUCGACAUGAAGCGAUGCGAUCGAGGCAUCAUGGACGAAGUGGCGUCACUGUACAACGUGACCGUACGCCUUUCUCGCAGCGUUUCCAAAGCUGCGAAGUCUAGCGCGUGCAUUGCCAUCCGAGAAUUCGAAUCCUGCAUACAACAAGCCCAGGUCAGGCACCACUGCAUGGUAUUUGACGAGACGCACAACAUUUCUGUGAUGCGAAAUCUACUGGCGAGAGCAUUCGAUGUAAACUGUUCCGACCCUGCGCCAGUGCCUAUGAAACAACUUUACACAGGUUUGCAGAGGAGGAACUGCAACAACACCGUGCUCGCUCGGCUCUACUCCUACUGCGCCGUCGGAUUCUAUGCAGAAGUGGAAGGACAGCAGAUCGACAAAACGGACAAAGCCGUGUGCCACUUUGUCCGUGAGUUCCUGAACUGCACGAAGGACGCUUAUCAUGACUCCUCUUGCGAAAAUACGGACAUGCCGAUCAAGCCAACUACCAGUUUCUUCGACAGUGUGUUGCUGACGAAAUAUGCGCGCUUGUGUGGAAUUGAGCACGAGGUUACGCGACCCACAAAGACACCAUUCGUGACGGUGACGGCGACAAAGCCGAUAGACGGUCACUGCGGGCAGCCCGGUGGACCUUGUGGUCCGGGUGGCCCCGGGGGACCUGGUGGCCCUGGCGGCCAGGGUGGCCCUUGCGGGCCGGGCGGCCCAUACGGCCCUGGUUGGAAACCAAACCAGGGACCAGGUACGCCGGGAGGUCCUAAUGGACCCGGAGGUCCCGGGGGACCCGGUGGUCCCGGAGGACCCGGAGGCCCCGGGGGACCCGGUGGUCCAGGAGGGCCGCAUGGUCCUGGAGGGCCAGACGGCCCGAAGCCAGGACAACCAGGGGGUCCUGGCGGUCCUGGCGGUCCUGGCGGUCCAGGAGGUCCUGGCGGUCCAGGAGGUCCUGGCGGUCCAGGAGGUCCCGACGGUCCAGGAGGUCCUAAGCCAGGAGAGCCUGGAGGAAAUGGAGGGCCUGGUGGACCUGGCGGCCCAGGUGGUCCGGGAGGGCCUGGUGGGCCCGGUGGGCCGGAUUGUAUCUGUCCAGGAACAUCAACAACGCCGUCAACCACAACUACGUCGACUACGACUACAACUGAACCACCGACAAGGACAACAGUAACCAAGACGCCGUGGACGACUUCUGAUAUGACUGAAACAACGUCUGCCGAAACAACAAUAUAUACCGGUCCGACAACCACUGAUACAGAUUACACUACAACAACGCCUGUCACGCCCAGCAUCUCCGAAACAACAUGUCUUGUCAUCAACACGUCUUUCAAGUACCCUCAAGAGUGCAAUAAGAAGGAGCUGCUUAGGCGCUUUUUCACGUGCGGCAUAACCUUCCAGACCAACCUGGAGCUUCAGAAACCCGAGUGCCAGUGCUACUACAACUACAAGAAAUGUUUUGAGGAUGCACGGAAGGAGCUCCAGUGUCACAACACUGACCAGACUAAGGACCCACUCGUCAUCACCGUGAACAUUCUGUCUGAGUUGAUGAUCAACAUCUACAGUGUGAAAUGCAUGCCGUCUAUGAGUCCCUUGAAUUUUGAGGAAUGUAAUCAAGCAUUAGCGCUGAAGAAAAUCAUGAUGUGUUGUGUCACAUAUUUCUCCCUGUCUGACGAACACACCAAGUCAGUAUGGACUGGAGCAGCGGACAUUUGUAGGUGA